GACAAUAUAUGGUAAGCAUGUUGAUGCCGUAAAUUCGACUGAAAGCGAGGCCGCUGGACCUAACAAAGUUGUGAAGCAAGAAGAAUAUGGAGAAGAUAUCAAAAAUUUGACCGCACAUUCUCACAUUCAAUCGCUAAUGGCGCAGGGAACUGUUGAGAUAAAAACGGAAGAGCCCAAGACGAAAGCAGUCGUGAGCGCGCAGUCAAUGCAGCUGAUCGAUAGCAACGAUCAGCCGGAAAAGAUUUGCUAUAUACGUCGGAGUGAUGGCGCCAUCUUACCUGGACACGUGCUCCAGCAGCGUGGCGGCGAAAAGGCGUUCGCACCAAUCGAAUAUUACGUACACUAUGUUGGCCUCAAUCGACGCCUGGAUGAAUGGGUUCCCUGUCAUUGCGUUUCCGAGAAUGCUGAUGACUUGGGUGGCAUCACUGUGCUCAGCCAGCCAGAUGGCGAGCAAGCCGACACCAUUCAAGCAGUUACUCGUAAGUUGAACGAUCCUCACAAUAUCGAUGCACCAGGCAGUCCGAGCGAUCGGAAAAUGACACGCUACCAGAAACGACGCUACGACGAGAUUAAUCACGUCCAGAAGAGCCACGAAGAGUUGAGCGCCCCAUUGGCCGCAUAUGAGAAGGAACACGAGUCCAUCACAAAAAUCAAGUAUAUUGAAAAAAUUCAGUUCGGACAAUUUGAAAUCGACACCUGGUAUUUCAGUCCCUAUCCCGACGAGUAUGGCAAGGCGCGCAAGCUCUUUGUCUGCCAAUAUUGUCUGAAAUAUAUGCGACUACUGAAGAGCUUUACGGGCCAUUUAAAGGACUGUAAAGUUCAGAAGCCACCUGGACGCGAAAUCUACCGUAAGGGCAUCAUAUCAGUGUUUGAGGUGGACGGCAAUGAGGAGCCACUGUAUUGUCAGCUACUAUGCUUGCUGGCAAAACUUUUUUUGGACCACAAGGUUCUGUUCUAUGACACCAAGGUAUUCUAUUUCUAUGUGCUGUGCGAAAUCGCCAAGGAAGGAUGUCAGAUUGUGGGCUAUUUCUCCAAAGAGAAAGAAUCGCUGGCGAACAAUAACGUGGCCUGUAUAUUGGUAUUGCCGCCAUAUCAACGCAAGGGCUAUGGCAAGUUCUUAAUCGCCUUCAGUUAUACAUUGUCGCGUAAGGAGGGAAUCAUUGGUAGUCCCGAGAAACCACUCUCCGAUCUUGGACGGCUCAGCUAUCGCAGUUAUUGGGCCUACACUUUGCUAGAGUUGAUGAGUGACCUCAGCACUUCCUCGCUGAGCAUCAAGGCGCUGAAUAAACUAAGUGGGAUUGCAACAGACGAUAUCAUCUAUACGCUUCAAUCGAUGCGAAUGAUUAAAUACUGGAAGGGUCAGCAAGUUGUCUGUGUGACGACCAGAACCAUCAACAAUUAUCUACAGUUGCCACAACUUAAACGUCCCGUGUUAACGGUCGACUUGGACUGUUUAGAUUGGACACCCCAUAAAACGGUGAAUGGAAAAUCAGGCGUGACAUCCCCGUAGAAUUGAAUGUAUGAUUAACAAAUUGGAUUAAUGUCAGAGUGGCAGUAGCAUUAAUGUAACGAAAAAUAUAUGGACAGAAAAAUCGUAUUGUUAUUGAAUGAAAUCGGUUAAAAAUAGUAUAUUUGAAGCUAA